UGAAUACUGUCUAAUUUAUUAAUUUGAAUGGAAGAGGAUCUUCGUAAAACAUAUCACCACUGUAAAUAGUCAAAACUCGCUUUGUAACGGAUUUUCAUAUUUCGUUCGUUAUUACAUCGCACCCCAAUUUUACAUGCGUGUUUUAUUUGGUCAGUUGUUUGGCGCUCUAAGAAGGUCACUGUGAAGGUUCCGUUACACGCGGCGUGAGUUAUCCCAUAUUUCUGGAUUGUAUUAUGAAUGAUGAUAAGCGGAUAGUUCCUUGGGUUGAUGCUAGUGAAUUCAGUGACGUUGCUAGGAAUGUAUCUUCAUGCGAGACAUAUAAACUUCGUCUAGCCUGGGAGACCAUAAAAAUAUGGUUGUGUCGUAUGCCUGUAUCCAAAAUACCACGGUCUAUAAUUUGCACUUAUGAACUUCUAAAUGCUUACUUUGAAAAUUCAAGCCAAAGUAUGGCACUGGCCCUCAUGAGGUUUGUCUCGUUGCUAUCUAGUGAGUCCCAAGACCGCGAGAGACCGAAUUUUGCACUGCCCAUUUUGUCUCUUGCUCGUGUAGCAGGCUUACCUAGCUGGCUGGCUGAUCUGCGCAAUGACAUAGCACAUGGAAUAAUACCGUCAACGGACACACUAGAAAGCGCUUUUCGCUGGUCAUUAAAAUAUCUGAGUGAAUUUUGGGCGUCCAACGUAAACUAUAACGAAGAACAGUUUAUCGAAUUAGAUGGGUUGUUGAAGUGUCAAAGUUUGGCUUUAACUAAAUACGUCGAAAAUUUACUGCAAGAAGAAAAGACAACUCAACUUGAUGUAAAAGAAGUGUUCAGGAACCGUUCAACAUAUGCUUGCUUUCCGUUGAUAGUAAAUACAAUAUGUAGUUAUGGCUGUGCUAUGUUCGUUGGCGGAAGUCCUCCAUGCAACAUUGUUCAGAACCAGGCUAUCAAACUAAAGCCUCUCUUUAGCACGAUGCUAUAUCACAAGCUUGUUGGUGAGCUUGUUUUACAGUUCAUUCUAGGGUUGAGAGAUGAUCACACCGUAGACGACGACAUUCGACUAGAAUGGUGCAUUGCCUGGAUUAAGGCAAUCAAAUGUCGUGGGUCUGAAAAAUCGAUCCUACGUGACUACGUAGAUGGCUUGUCAUUAGACUGGAGAAAAGCACUUAAUCAUAUUUUGAAACACAUGUGUAAUAAGUAUCGUGAUUUAUUCAUGAGAUUGUUGAUUAUUCGGGAUCCACCGAUACCGCAAGACAAGUUUGAAGUGAUCAUGAGCCAUAUAGAUGUGUUUUGCGGCUUCGAUGUACCUAACACUCAUGAGCUUCAGACACAAGUGCGCCGGGAACAUCGCUGGGAGCUUGCUGACUCUUUGUUAUGGGCAGAGAAGCCGCUUGGAGCAAUAAUUCGUUCAUCCUGCCAUGCCUCGACAAGUAGACAACAUAAAGGAGUUCCUACAUAUGACACAAAGGGCAGACGCGAAGUCUGUUAAGAUUAAAGAAAACAAAGACAAUGUCAAGUUUAAAAUCAGAUGCAGUCGAUUUCUAUAUACGCUUGUAGUCGUGGAGAAAGAAAAAGUUGGAAAAAUCAAGCGUUCACUCCCACCAAAUCUUACUGUGAAGGAACUGUAAUAUGUUACUUAUAAUAAAGGUUCCUAUAUAUUGCAUCUUUUUUGGUAAUAUCUGGGAGUCAGGGAAAGCCCAAAUACAUAAUACGAACCAAACACGGCGCUGAACAGAGAUGAUCGCGUUGAGCAGAAAGAAAUUAGGUAUAAGACACUUUUAACCGGACAGUAUCAGGAACCAAGUGCACAAAUUAGAAGUAAAACGGUCAAAACCUACCGUUUCCAAUUGACGCUAGCAUAAGGCAUUGAAAAACACUAUAAUUUGAGAGCAUAGCAGUAAACAAAGCAAUUACGAUCAUCUGCGUAUAUGACAGAAGGUUUAACGACCACAUGAAAUAUCGAGAAAUAUGCGCUAGAUAUAAGUUGCAACUAUCAUAAAAAACACGAAGAGAAACAUAACACAUAGCAGGUACGUAGUCUCCUUGAGCGCGAGACAAGGUAAUAAGAUGCCAUGUUGAGAAAAGUGAUGAAUGUAGUGUUUGAAAUUAUAAUAACCUAGAAACUGUGUCGAUCGAUCUGUUCCUAGAUAAACAUUAGUUUGUGCGAUGUACUAGAAUGUAUGGAUCAAAUGAGAAGCAGAUGAAAAACACGAAUUAAUUGUAAUUUAGUCCAUCGAUCUGUUCCUGGAUAAACACAUUAGAUUGCGCGAUUUACUGGAAUGUAUGGAUCAAAUGCGUAGCAGAAAAAUAACACGAAUUCAUUUUAUUCAGCAAAGCUUGUUGUUCUUGCUCUGUUUAAUUGUAUCAAGGGAUCUGGUUGUAUGACAUUUAGUGUUUGCUUAGGCUUUUGUGUAUGGGAAAGAAGUUGUGAUUAACGAUUAUGGAUAUGUGGGACUCCUAGAUCGUGUGUUUUGUGACUUGGCUUAAUUUGUAGUUCUAUGUAAAUCGGCAUCUAAGUAUGUGAUACGCUAGCUAACAUAGCCUACAGUGGUUGUAGAGAUGGGAAUACGUGCGAGUGGGAUAGGGUGUAGCUGAGGAAUUUCCCAGGGGUCGUUUUGUUUUCAGGGAUGCUUGACGCAUUGUCUGCAAGCCUACAGGUGAAUUUGGCGACCGUGUGCGUAGUGUGUAGUGUCUUGGCCGACCGAUGGUGAUGGGUUUUUUGCGGAAUCGCUGAGUUUUUGUGGUAAGUCGAUGAUAAUUGUACUUAUGUAUUGAUUGAAAUAGGUUUCCUGUGUUCACGAUGGUGAUCAGUCGUAUUUGUUAUCAGGAGGUUUUGGUCAGUGUUCGUGGAUAUUGGUGCGGAAAUUCCAGGUUAGUUAGUUAGUUAGUUAGUUAGACGGUAAACUCUAUUACUGAGUCAGUUCCUAAUAUUAUUGUUGAGUAUUUUCAUGUUUCCCAGUAAUGGUUAUAUGAUGAGUGUAUGACACCUCUUAUGAAUUGUUGAUUCGUCUUUCACACUGAUCACUAUUUUAUGCAGUGAUUUUUUCUGUUAGUUUCAGAUAUUCGUGCCGGUUCGUUGGUAAGUGCAUACAUUUGAACUCCUCCUGAUGAUGAACUAAUUGCGUGUCAUAUGAAUUAAAAUUGAUCGUAUUAUUAGUCUGAUAAAAGUCCGCUUAUAUAUUUAUUGUUCUGUUCAGAAUGCAUAGAAUUAUUGUUAAAGUAUAUUGAGUUUUAAUUUGUAUUGUUUCCUAUUUCAAUUGCGACAGGUUAUUUCGAAUUGGUUGUUUUCAGCAUUCGAUUGGCGAAUGUUGAUGGAUGUGGUUUUCCAUUUGGUGGUUUGUAAACUGGGAUGUGUCCUACGAGUUCAUAGUGCCACUCCAUUCUGGCUGUCUGUAAAGAGUGUGAUAAGAAGAGAAUUGUAAGAAUGUAAAAGGCAAUAUGUAAUACAUUUUUACAAGAAACUAAGUCAGUUCUGAAUUGUCUUUACUGACUGUGGGGUUAGUUACAGGGGUUCGUGUCUUCAGACACUCGCAUAAAUUUGUGAAUAAAUAGAUGUGAAUUCAGUUAGUACUGAUUGGAACGUAGUGUUUAUUCGAAGUGUUGGGGAAUUUAGGCGAGAAAGACACACGGAUGAGUUUGUGGUCGAGAUGUAUGACUGAGGAGAUAGAGAGACUCAGUGAAUUUGGUAUGGCUUCCGUCAGGUGUUUGAAAUGUUACAUGUACAAUGUCAACAGUUUUACUGUAGAUUGGUUGGGGUUCUAGGCGUAGGUUUUUGCUUUACGUGACCAAGAUGUGUAUUAAUACGUUUUCUCUUAUGUGAUUUGAUCUGCUCUAUUGGACUUGUGGGGGUAUGGAUAUCUGUUAGUUUUUACUGCUGCUAAAAUGCUUAUAGUUGGAUACUAGCUGACGAACAUCUGUCACUUGAUGGAAGUCUCCUGGGAAUUAUGCAGUUUGCUUAGGGAGGUGAUAACAUAAGUGGAUGUUUUGUUGAGACGAGGGAUAGUUGGAGUGUUUGAUUCCAUAAUAACCAAGAGACUCGUCGAUGGAUUUUUCUUGGGUAGAGAAACACCUUAGUUUGUGCGAUGUAUGAGUUUGUGUAUUUAGUGUUCCAACAGAGCAUGAAGAACACGGUUUGUAGAGUAGAAUGAAUUCAUUCUAUUCAACGGCUUCUCAUCAGCUGCAUACAAAUUAGAAUUACAAUUCUCAAUGUAAUUAUCAACAAUUGUUUAGCAUACUUUAUUUUGUAAAGUUUAGAUAAAUGUCCGAAACGUAACCGAAAUCAUAAUAGUACGAAGAAUAGGUAUACAAAAUACCAAGUAUUUUGUUAUAUCAUUCCAUGAUAGAUCAACACCCUUCCGACGUCACCUCAAAUCGCAUCUAUGAAUUUAUAUUUACUUGCGGUAGCAUGUAUACAGGAAUGAUAGAUAGAAGGGUGUGUAUUAGGUUUCUGAACACAUUCCUAGGAUCGUACGACUGAAAGGGAGUAAAGUGUUUACAAGUGCUAUUGUCAGACACCUUUUGGACAGUGGACACGAGGUGAAUGUAAGUAAUGCAUUCAAAAUAAUUAACAGACAACAAACACCAAGGUUAUUGCGUUUGGCGGAGGUGAUCGACAUCAAACGUUUCCGACCUGACCUAUGUAUACAGAAGGGAAGUGUGACUAACCUUCAUUUGACAUGAUGGUCGGAUGUUUAUCUAAUGACGUUUAUUAGUUUUGAUUUUUAAAUUUUCCUUCCAACUCUGUCCCCAACUUCCUUAGCUUUAUUAUUCUUGUUGGUGUCCACAUAUUUGUUUUCUUUUAUCAUGUUGAGUGAUUACGCGACCAAUUAUUAAUUUCAUUACCUUUACAUAGCCUCUUUUACCUUGGUUAUGAUUACUGGUAAUUAUAAUGCCUACCUUACUCUGAAUUAUUACAGUCCAACAUGUAAAUACACAUCGAUCUUAACUAUGUUUAUUCAUAAAUUUUGUAUCCGUAUUCUUCUUACUAUUAUGAUUUCGGUUACGUUUCGAAUAUUUGUCUAAACUUCACAAACUAAAGUAUUAUAAACAAAUGUUAAUAAUUACAUUGAGAAUUGUAAUUCUAAUUUGUAUGCAGCUGACGAAAAGCCGUUGAAUAGAAUGAAUUCAUUUUAUCCUGCAAAGCUUGUUGUUCUUGCUCUGUUUAAUUGUAUCAAGGGAUCUGGUUGUAUGACAUUUAGUGUUUGCUUAGGCUUUUGUGUAUGGGAAAGAAGUUGUGAUUAACGAUUAUGGAUAUGUGGGACUCCUAGAUCGUGUGUUUUGUGACUUGGCUUAAUUUGUAGUUCUAUGUAAAUCGGCAUCUAAGUAUGUGAUACGCUAGCUAACAUAGCCUACAGUGGUUGUAGAGAUGGGAAUACGUGCGAGUGGGAUAGGGUGUAGCUGAGGAAUUUCCCAAGGGUCGUUUUGUUUUCAGGGAUGCUUGACGCAUUGUCUGCAAGCCUACAGGUGAAUUUGGCGACCGUGUGCGUAGUGUGUAGUGUCUUGGCCGACCGAUGGUGAUGGGUUUUGCGGAAUCGCUGAGUUUUUGUGGUAAGUCGAUGAUAAUUGUACUUAUGUAUUGAUUGAAAUAGGUUUCCUGUGUUCACGAUGGUGAUCAGUCGUAUUUGUUAUCAGGAGGUUUUGGUCAGUGUUCGUGGAUAUUGGUGCGGAAAUUCCAGGUUAGUUAGUUAGUUAGACGGUAAACUCUAUUACUGAGUCAGUUCCUAAUAUUAUUGUUGAGUAUUUUCAUGUUUCCCAGUAAUGGUUAUAUGAUGAGUGUAUGACACCUCUUAUGAAUUGUUGAUUCGUCUUUCACACUGAUCACUAUUUUAUGCAGUGAUUUUUUCUGUUAGUUUCAGAUAUUCGUGCCGGUUCGUUGGUAAGUGUAUACAUUUGAACUCCUCCUGAUGAUGAACUAAUUGCGUGUCAUAUGAAUUAAAAUUGAUCGUAUUAUUAGUCUGAUAAAAGUCCGCUUAUAUAUUUAUUGUUCUGUUCAGAAUGCAUAGAAUUAUUGUUAAAGUAUAUUGAGUUUUAAUUUGUAUUGUUUCCUAUUUCAAUUGCGACAGGUUAUUUCGAAUUGGUUGUUUUCAGCAUUCGAUUGGCGAAUGUUGAUGGAUGUGGUUUUCCAUUUGGUGGUUUGUAAACUGGGAUGUGUCCUACGAGUUCAUAGUGCCACUCCAUUCUGGCUGUCUGUAAAGAGUGUGAUAAGAAGAGAAUUGUAAGAAUGUAAAAGGCAAUAUGUAAUACAUUUUUACAAGAAACUAAGUCAGUUCUGAAUUGUCUUUACUGACUGUGGGGUUAGUUACAGGGGUUCGUGUCUUCAGACACUCGCAUAAAUUUGUGAAUAAAUAGAUGUGAAUUCAGUUAGUACUGAUUGGAACGUAGUGUUUAUUCGAAGUGUUGGGGAAUUUAGGCGAGAAAGACACACGGAUGAGUUUGUGGUCGAGAUGUAUGACUGAGGAGAUAGAGAGACUCAGUGAAUUUGGUAUGGCUUCCGUCAGGUGUUUGAAAUGUUACAUGUACAAUGUCAACAGUUUUACUGUAGAUUGGUUGGGGUUCUAGGCGUAGGUUUUUGCUUUACGUGACCAAGAUGUGUAUUAAUACGUUUUCUCUUAUGUGAUUUGAUCUGCUCUAUUGGACUUGUGGGGGUAUGGAUAUCUGUUAGUUUUUACUGCUGCUAAAAUGCUUAUAGUUGGAUACUAGCUGACGAACAUCUGUCACUUGAUGGAAGUCUCCUGGGAAUUAUGCAGUUUGCUUAGGGAGGUGAUAACAUAAGUGGAUGUUUUGUUGAGACGAGGGAUAGUUGGAGUGUUUGAUUCCAUAAUAACCAAGAGACUCGUCGAUGGAUUUUUCUUGGGUAGAGAAACACCUUAGUUUGUGCGAUGUAUGAGUUUGUGUAUUUAGUGUUCCAACAGAGCAUGAAGAACACGGUUUGUAGAGUAGAAUGAAUUCAUUCUAUUCAACGGCUUCUCAUCAGCUGCAUACAAAUUAGAAUUACAAUUCUCAAUGUAAUUAUCAACAAUUGUUUAGCAUACUUUAUUUUGUAAAGUUUAGAUAAAUGUCCGAAACGUAACCGAAAUCAUAAUAGUACGAAGAAUAGGUAUACAAAAUACCAAGUAUUUUGUUAUAUCAUUCCAUGAUAGAUCAACACCCUUCCGACGUCACCUCAAAUCGCAUCUAUGAAUUUAUAUUUACUUGCGGUAGCAUGUAUACAGGAAUGAUAGAUAGAAGGGUGUGUAUUAGGUUUCUGAACACAUUCCUAGGAUCGUACGACUGAAAGGGAGUAAAGUGUUUACAAGUGCUAUUGUCAGACACCUUUUGGACAGUGGACACGAGGUGAAUGUAAGUAAUGCAUUCAAAAUAAUUAACAGACAACAAACACCAAGGUUAUUGCGUUUGGCGGAGGUGAUCGACAUCAAACGUUUCCGACCUGACCUAUGUAUACAGAAGGGAAGUGUGACUAACCUUCAUUUGACAUGAUGGUCGGAUGUUUAUCUAAUGACGUUUAUUAGUUUUGAUUUUUAAAUUUUCCUUCCAACUCUGUCCCCAACUUCCUUAGCUUUAUUAUUCUUGUUGGUGUCCACAUAUUUGUUUUCUUUUAUCAUGUUGAGUGAUUACGCGACCAAUUAUUAAUUUCAUUACCUUUACAUAGCCUCUUUUACCUUGGUUAUGAUUACUGGUAAUUAUAAUGCCUACCUUACUCUGAAUUAUUACAGUCCAACAUGUAAAUACACAUCGAUCUUAACUAUGUUUAUUCAUAAAUUUUGUAUCCGUAUUCUUCUUACUAUUAUGAUUUCGGUUACGUUUCGAAUAUUUGUCUAAACUUCACAAACUAAAGUAUUAUAAACAAAUGUUAAUAAUUACAUUGAGAAUUGUAAUUCUAAUUUGUAUGCAGCUGACGAAAAGCCGUUGAAUAGAAUGAAUUCAUUUUAUCCUGCAAAGCUUGUUGUUCUUGCUCUGUUUAAUUGUAUCAAGGGAUCUGGUUGUAUGACAUUUAGUGUUUGCUUAGGCUUUUGUGUAUGGGAAAGAAGUUGUGAUUAACGAUUAUGGAUAUGUGGGACUCCUAGAUCGUGUGUUUUGUGACUUGGCUUAAUUUGUAGUUCUAUGUAAAUCGGCAUCUAAGUAUGUGAUACGCUAGCUAACAUAGCCUACAGUGGUUGUAGAGAUGGGAAUACGUGCGAGUGGGAUAGGGUGUAGCUGAGGAAUUUCCCAGGGUCGUUUUGUUUUCAGGGAUGCUUGACGCAUUGUCUGCAAGCCUACAGGUGAAUUUGGCGACCGUGUGCGUAGUGUGUAGUGUCUUGGCCGACCGAUGGUGAUGGGUUUUUGCGGAAUCGCUGAGUUUUUGUGGUAAGUCGAUGAUAAUUGUACUUAUGUAUUGAUUGAAAUAGGUUUCCUGUGUUCACGAUGGUGAUCAGUCGUAUUUGUUAUCAGGAGGUUUUGGUCAGUGUUCGUGGAUAUUGGUGCGGAAAUUCCAGGUUAGUUAGUUAGUUAGUUAGUUAGACGGUAAACUCUAUUACUGAGUCAGUUCCUAAUAUUAUUGUUGAGUAUUUUCAUGUUUCCCAGUAAUGGUUAUAUGAUGAGUGUAUGACACCUCUUAUGAAUUGUUGAUUCGUCUUUCACACUGAUCACUAUUUUAUGCAGUGAUUUUUUCUGUUAGUUUCAGAUAUUCGUGCCGGUUCGUUGGUAAGUGUAUACAUUUGAACUCCUCCUGAUGAUGAACUAAUUGCGUGUCAUAUGAAUUAAAAUUGAUCGUAUUAUUAGUCUGAUAAAAGUCCGCUUAUAUAUUUAUUGUUCUGUUCAGAAUGCAUAGAAUUAUUGUUAAAGUAUAUUGAGUUUUAAUUUGUAUUGUUUCCUAUUUCAAUUGCGACAGGUUAUUUCGAAUUGGUUGUUUUCAGCAUUCGAUUGGCGAAUGUUGAUGGAUGUGGUUUUCCAUUUGGUGGUUUGUAAACUGGGAUGUGUCCUACGAGUUCAUAGUGCCACUCCAUUCUGGCUGUCUGUAAAGAGUGUGAUAAGAAGAGAAUUGUAAGAAUGUAAAAGGCAAUAUGUAAUACAUUUUUACAAGAAACUAAGUCAGUUCUGAAUUGUCUUUACUGACUGUGGGGUUAGUUACAGGGGUUCGUGUCUUCAGACACUCGCAUAAAUUUGUGAAUAAAUAGAUGUGAAUUCAGUUAGUACUGAUUGGAACGUAGUGUUUAUUCGAAGUGUUGGGGAAUUUAGGCGAGAAAGACACACGGAUGAGUUUGUGGUCGAGAUGUAUGACUGAGGAGAUAGAGAGACUCAGUGAAUUUGGUAUGGCUUCCGUCAGGUGUUUGAAAUGUUACAUGUACAAUGUCAACAGUUUUACUGUAGAUUGGUUGGGGUUCUAGGCGUAGGUUUUUGCUUUACGUGACCAAGAUGUGUAUUAAUACGUUUUCUCUUAUGUGAUUUGAUCUGCUCUAUUGGACUUGUGGGGGUAUGGAUAUCUGUUAGUUUUUACUGCUGCUAAAAUGCUUAUAGUUGGAUACUAGCUGACGAACAUCUGUCACUUGAUGGAAGUCUCCUGGGAAUUAUGCAGUUUGCUUAGGGAGGUGAUAACAUAAGUGGAUGUUUUGUUGAGACGAGGGAUAGUUGGAGUGUUUGAUUCCAUAAUAACCAAGAGACUCGUCGAUGGAUUUUUCUUGGGUAGAGAAACACCUUAGUUUGUGCGAUGUAUGAGUUUGUGUAUUUAGUGUUCCAACAGAGCAUGAAGAACACGGUUUGUAGAGUAGAAUGAAUUCAUUCUAUUCAACGGCUUCUCAUCAGCUGCAUACAAAUUAGAAUUACAAUUCUCAAUGUAAUUAUCAACAAUUGUUUAGCAUACUUUAUUUUGUAAAGUUUAGAUAAAUGUCCGAAACGUAACCGAAAUCAUAAUAGUACGAAGAAUAGGUAUACAAAAUACCAAGUAUUUUGUUAUAUCAUUCCAUGAUAGAUCAACACCCUUCCGACGUCACCUCAAAUCGCAUCUAUGAAUUUAUAUUUACUUGCGGUAGCAUGUAUACAGGAAUGAUAGAUAGAAGGGUGUGUAUUAGGUUUCUGAACACAUUCCUAGGAUCGUACGACUGAAAGGGAGUAAAGUGUUUACAAGUGCUAUUGUCAGACACCUUUUGGACAGUGGACACGAGGUGAAUGUAAGUAAUGCAUUCAAAAUAAUUAACAGACAACAAACACCAAGGUUAUUGCGUUUGGCGGAGGUGAUCGACAUCAAACGUUUCCGACCUGACCUAUGUAUACAGAAGGGAAGUGUGACUAACCUUCAUUUGACAUGAUGGUCGGAUGUUUAUCUAAUGACGUUUAUUAGUUUUGAUUUUUAAAUUUUCCUUCCAACUCUGUCCCCAACUUCCUUAGCUUUAUUAUUCUUGUUGGUGUCCACAUAUUUGUUUUCUUUUAUCAUGUUGAGUGAUUACGCGACCAAUUAUUAAUUUCAUUACCUUUACAUAGCCUCUUUUACCUUGGUUAUGAUUACUGGUAAUUAUAAUGCCUACCUUACUCUGAAUUAUUACAGUCCAACAUGUAAAUACACAUCGAUCUUAACUAUGUUUAUUCAUAAAUUUUGUAUCCGUAUUCUUCUUACUAUUAUGAUUUCGGUUACGUUUCGAAUAUUUGUCUAAACUUCACAAACUAAAGUAUUAUAAACAAAUGUUAAUAAUUACAUUGAGAAUUGUAAUUCUAAUUUGUAUGCAGCUGACGAAAAGCCGUUGAAUAGAAUGAAUUCAUUUUAUCCUGCAAAGCUUGUUGUUCUUGCUCUGUUUAAUUGUAUCAAGGGAUCUGGUUGUAUGACAUUUAGUGUUUGCUUAGGCUUUUGUGUAUGGGAAAGAAGUUGUGAUUAACGAUUAUGGAUAUGUGGGACUCCUAGAUCGUGUGUUUUGUGACUUGGCUUAAUUUGUAGUUCUAUGUAAAUCGGCAUCUAAGUAUGUGAUACGCUAGCUAACAUAGCCUACAGUGGUUGUAGAGAUGGGAAUACGUGCGAGUGGGAUAGGGUGUAGCUGAGGAAUUUCCCAAGGGUCGUUUUGUUUUCAGGGAUGCUUGACGCAUUGUCUGCAAGCCUACAGGUGAAUUUGGCGACCGUGUGCGUAGUGUGUAGUGUCUUGGCCGACCGAUGGUGAUGGGUUUUUGCGGAAUCGCUGAGUUUUUGUGGUAAGUCGAUGAUAAUUGUACUUAUGUAUUGAUUGAAAUAGGUUUCCUGUGUUCACGAUGGUGAUCAGUCGUAUUUGUUAUCAGGAGGUUUUGGUCAGUGUUCGUGGAUAUUGGUGCGGAAAUUCCAGGUUAGUUAGUUAGUUAGACGGUAAACUCUAUUACUGAGUCAGUUCCUAAUAUUAUUGUUGAGUAUUUUCAUGUUUCCCAGUAAUGGUUAUAUGAUGAGUGUAUGACACCUCUUAUGAAUUGUUGAUUCGUCUUUCACACUGAUCACUAUUUUAUGCAGUGAUUUUUUCUGUUAGUUUCAGAUAUUCGUGCCGGUUCGUUGGUAAGUGUAUACAUUUGAACUCCUCCUGAUGAUGAACUAAUUGCGUGUCAUAUGAAUUAAAAUUGAUCGUAUUAUUAGUCUGAUAAAAGUCCGCUUAUAUAUUUAUUGUUCUGUUCAGAAUGCAUAGAAUUAUUGUUAAAGUAUAUUGAGUUUUAAUUUGUAUUGUUUCCUAUUUCAAUUGCGACAGGUUAUUUCGAAUUGGUUGUUUUCAGCAUUCGAUUGGCGAAUGUUGAUGGAUGUGGUUUUCCAUUUGGUGGUUUGUAAACUGGGAUGUGUCCUACGAGUUCAUAGUGCCACUCCAUUCUGGCUGUCUGUAAAGAGUGUGAUAAGAAGAGAAUUGUAAGAAUGUAAAAGGCAAUAUGUAAUACAUUUUUACAAGAAACUAAGUCAGUUCUGAAUUGUCUUUACUGACUGUGGGGUUAGUUACAGGAGUUCGUGUCUUCAGACACUCGCAUAAAUUUGUGAAUAAAUAGAUGUGAAUUCAGUUAGUACUGAUUGGAACGUAGUGUUUAUUCGAAGUGUUGGGGAAUUUAGGCGAGAAAGACACACGGAUGAGUUUGUGGUCGAGAUGUAUGACUGAGGAGAUAGAGAGACUCAGUGAAUUUGGUAUGGCUUCCGUCAGGUGUUUGAAAUGUUACAUGUACAAUGUCAACAGUUUUACUGUAGAUUGGUUGGGGUUCUAGGCGUAGGUUUUUGCUUUACGUGACCAAGAUGUGUAUUAAUACGUUUUCUCUUAUGUGAUUUGAUCUGCUCUAUUGGACUUGUGGGGGUAUGGAUAUCUGUUAGUUUUUACUGCUGCUAAAAUGCUUAUAGUUGGAUACUAGCUGACGAACAUCUGUCACUUGAUGGAAGUCUCCUGGGAAUUAUGCAGUUUGCUUAGGGAGGUGAUAACAUAAGUGGAUGUUUUGUUGAGACGAGGGAUAGUUGGAGUGUUUGAUUCCAUAAUAACCAAGAGACUCGUCGAUGGAUUUUUCUUGGGUAGAGAAACACCUUAGUUUGUGCGAUGUAUGAGUUUGUGUAUUUAGUGUUCCAACAGAGCAUGAAGAACACGGUUUGUAGAGUAGAAUGAAUUCAUUCUAUUCAACGGCUUCUCAUCAGCUGCAUACAAAUUAGAAUUACAAUUCUCAAUGUAAUUAUCAACAAUUGUUUAGCAUACUUUAUUUUGUAAAGUUUAGAUAAAUGUCCGAAACGUAACCGAAAUCAUAAUAGUACGAAG